AUGCCCUCUGCGCUGAUCGAGUACCCGUGCGUGUGGAAGGAGAAGCGGAAGCAGGAGUGGCCGUUCGACGCGAAGGCCGACGGGCUCUUCAUGCAGUGCGAGUCGCACAACGACCGCGUUGUCUACUUCACGCAACUCACGGAGAGCAAGGGGGGCGUCUGCUCCGUCGGCGAGACCGUGCAGCUCGACCCGGCGACGUUUGCGCUCAUGCCGCGCCUCUUUGCGACGUGA